GUCAGCAGUCUCUGGUCAUUCCCUGCACUGUCUGCAGUCUCUGGUCAUGUCCUGUACUGUGUCCGCAGUCUCUGGUCAUUCCCUGUACUGUGUCCGCAGUCUCUGGUCAUCCCCUGCACUGUCCGCAGUCUCUGGUCAUCUCCUGUACUGUCUGCAGUCUCUGGUCAUUCUCUGGUCAUCUCCUGUACUGUGUCCGCAGUCUCUGGUCAUUCCUGUACUGUCCCGCAGUCUCUGGUCAUCUCCUGCACUGUGUCCGCAGUCUCUGGUCAUCUCCUGCACUGUGUCCGCAGUCUCUGGUCAUCUCCUGCACUGUGUCCGCAGUCUCUGGUCAUCUCCUGCACUGUGUCCGCAGUCUCUGGUCAUCUCCUGCACUGUGUCCGCAGUCUCUGGUCAUCUCCUGUACUGUGUCCGCAGUCUCUGGUCAUCCCCUGUACUGUGUCCGCAGUCUCUGGUCAUCCCCUGUACUGUGUCCGCAGUCUCUGGUCAUCCCCUGUACUGUGUCCGCAGUCUCUGGUCAUCCCCUGUACUGUGUCCGCAGUCUCUGGUCAUCCCCUGUACUGUGUCCGCAGUCUCUGGUCAUCCCCUGUACUGUGUCCGCAGUCUCUGGUCAUCCCCU